AUGGAAGGGAGGAGAUUCCCAGAGACCUGCAUUGCUUUCUCCUGGUUUGCUUUAACGACAGAUAGAUGGAGUGGCAGCCAGAAGGCGGCUGUGAGCCAGGAUUCAUUUCUUUGCCAUCUGCCUGUGCCACCAGGGCGAGGCUCUGUGGUCGGUCGCAGCCCCCGCAGGGCGCGUGUGCCCCAGGCACCUGGACCCGGAGCUCGGCCCUCAGGAGAGGGGCAGGAGCGGGCGAGCCGCAGGCGGCGGCGCGGGGUCCGGCAGCCGCUUUGCGGAGCCUCUGUGAGCUUUGGUGUCCGUGACCCCUCAGGGUUGCGUGAGGCUUGCGGUGCGGCUUGGGGAUCCCGCGGCCGCUUUCUGUACGGACGACUGCGGGUAAGGCCUGUGUCCCUCCCGCCUGACAACCGUGCGACGGGAAGCGUGGGCGAGGAGCCCUGGGAGCGGGGGAGCCGUGGGGGCCCGGCGGGCUGCGUCCGCCAAGCGGGGCCGAGGAGCGGCUGCGGAGAACGGGGUGCUCGGGCCCGCCCCGCGGUCUUGCCUCUGAGGACGAGGCUCUGGUCACACGCCUUUCCCGGGGUGCCGCGGAUCAGCUGCGUGGCCGUGGUGGACACGAGGCGCUGCGCGUUGUCAGCGGGGCCCCGGGGCAGCCUCUCGGGCCGCAGGCUCUUGGAAGCGAGAAAAGGAAGGAAAACACGAUUCUCUGACGUCCUCCAGGAGGCAAAAGCGGCAAAGCAGUUAGGACGCAUGCGAAUGCCAUACUUGGAAAAUGAACAAAGUGGUAAUUAAGGUGUUUAAUAUGCGGUAGCUGAUCUUAGAAGGUGCUCUGUGAUGUGGGGACUUUUGAGUGAGGGCGACUGAGGUGAAGAGGAAGGCUGUCUCUCCAAAGCUGGAGCUUACUGCCCCGCGGUCGUGCAGGGCCUCUCCCGGCCCGCCGCCCUCGCCCGGCCCCGGGCCGCCCUGGCAGCCUGCGCGGCUGCGAGUUGUGCUGCUCUGAAGGCUCUCGCUGCGCCUCCGCGGGCCUGGGAGACAUCUCUGUGCCCGCUUCUGUGAGUUUUCAGAGUGUCCCUGUACACAGGCCACCAGACCGCCUAUGUGCUUAGUGGAAUAGCUUGGGGGCCACCUUUGGGCUGUGAUCUUUGUCCGUAAGUCUCGGAGGUGCUUCUGUGAUGACAGACCACUAGUUUUUCUGGAACCCUCUAGCUGAAUUGGCAAGUGCCGAGUCCCGUGACUACCACGCAAAUGGCCUCAGAGCCGUUCAGGCUGUCGGCAUCCUGAUUCUUAGUUUGCGGAACAGGCGGUGGGGUGCACGGUGUGUCACGGAUUCUUCUCCUUCCUGUUGGGUCCGGCCCCGCUUUCUUACGGGCGAGCGUGUUUCCUGGCGGACUGGAGGCUGGACGUGAAGAGGGCAGCAUGCGGAGAAUCUGCUCGCUGCAGCGUGGGGAACACGGAUGCCUGCAACCCCGGGCAUGCUGUAUUGGGGGAGCCUCGGGGAGCAAUGCUGCUUCUUCCUUGAGAUGCAGCUCAAGGAAGGCGGGGCUGCGAGCAGGCGGCAGGGUUUGGAACUGACCUUCCUUAGGAAAAAGCCCCGCGGCUCAGGCUCCAGGACACCCGCGAUGAUUUCCUUAUAUGGGCAUGGUUCCGUGCAAGACUCCAGGAGACAGAAGGGCUGAGCAAUGGGCAGAAAAGAAGGAAACUCCCAGCAACUCGAAACAACGCCAAGGGCCUCUCUACGAUGAAUAAUCUUCUGACUCAAACCAGAGGAAAAGAAGUUGAGUCUGGAAAGAAAUGUGAGUAAGCAAGUAAGCUGUCGUUGAUUUCCACCAAGUCUUACUUAAGUCAAGUUUUGCCGAAAGAAAUUCGGCAAGAUUGGAUCCUCGGAGUUUUUAGCCAGAACUUCUGUAACACUCACCCUGCCCAGCUGUGUUUCGUGUUGAUGAUGCCCACAGUGGUUACUGACGAGCCGCGGCAUCGCGUGGGUCGCGUCUGUAGAUGUUCCAGGAGGAAGCUGUGAGCGGCUGGUGUCCCGCGGCCCUGUCCAGUCCCCAUGAGCUGUCCUAGCCUAGAGCUCGCCGGCAGCCCAGAGCUCAGAAAAUGCAGACGUUUAGGAACACAAAUGAGGAGAGAAAGGUGCAUAGGGAACAUUGCCUAGACUGCUCAUGGGGACGUGGACAGAGUCUCAGCUCCCUAGAGGCCACCCCAGCUGCCAUGUAACUUCUGGUCUGCGCAAUGGGGGUGCGCCCCCACAGCGGGGAUCUCCCCCCCGCCCCCGGCCACGAGAAAGUUCUCUAGUGGCUCCCGCGGAGGAAGAACAGUGCCGCGUGAUGCGUCUGUGUGCUGCCACCGGACUUGUUUUGGAUGGCCAUUUAUUCUGAGAUUUUUCUGGGGUUUUUGUUCUUUUGGCUUUUAAAUAUUGGUAGGAAAAUGCUGGUCAUUAGAGUGCUGCCCCUCAAAAUUCAUGUACAUCUCAGUCACCUGGAAUCUUGUUGAGGGGCAGAUUCCGAUCCGGCACUCCUAACGAGAAUCAAGGUGGUAUUUUUAAAUAGUAUGAUCCUAGAAGAAGCUGUUGGUGUGGGAUCCUACCUUUCCCAGAUUAAUACUCUCUCCGUAAUUUUGAUAUAACUCCAACGGCACAGUAAUCAAAAAGAGGAAGUAUUUAAUAUUUGUGAAUUGUUUCCUCAGUUGCCAGCCGCUGCUUUUAGGUGUGUGGUGGUGGUGCCCACGUGGUGACCGGCCCUCGGGACAGGUGGCCGUGACCACAGUGGCUGCAGUGGCAGCACCAGCCCCGGAGCUGGUGUGCGAGCCCGCAGCCCUCCCACAGGGGAUGGGAAGAUGGAGGGUCAGCCAGAUACAGGCUCUCUGGAUGGGGGGUGGUGCAUCCUCCAGCUGCCCAGACUGUUCCGUCUGGCUCGUCCACUGUCUUCGAGAGCUGCCGCCUCCUGUGCACAAACACGUGGGGUCCGUACCAGCCUAUGUGCCCGCUCAGCCAGUGUCCCCAGUCUUCACAUCGAAGGCAAAGCCAAACCUGGUCAGUCCUUAAUCCGCCCCUUCCUCCCCAGCUCCACCUAUUUGAUAGCGUCCCCCGGGGUUCUGCUCUUUCCUUCAAGGAGUAGGAGCUCUGGCUCGUGCAGCACUUAGCAUCGCUGUAAGCUUCCGCUGAGGUCGGAUCGGCCCUGGCACAGAGGCGCUAAGGCAGGGUGGCCAGACAAAAAAAUACAGGAGAGGAGAGCCAGGACACCCUCACUCGCAUUUCUGUGUCACUGUUGAUCUGAAAUUAAAGCAUAAUGGGAUGUCUGCCCUUGCCCUGGCAGCCCCACGGUAAGGUCAGCCGAAGUCAAAAGACUGAAGUCCAGCGAGCAGUAGGGCACCACCAGCCCUCCCGGGCCUCUGCCUGCCUGGAGGCGGCGCCAUCCCCUGCGCACUAGCCGCGGGGGCCUGGGUACCCCACCUGCCAGGGCCGAGUUCAUGUUUCCUCCAGAGAACUUACCCUUCCUUCCAUAUGGCUGCUCCCUGCUUGGGAAGACAGACAGCAGAUGGUAUCGAGACCAUCUUCAUAGCAGUAAAUGAGAGACUUUUUUGAUCCUUAGGUGAGAAACUCAAGAAUUUUGGGUGCGACCUUUGUCAGAAGGCUACAGACAUCCUCCCAAAGAGGAGCUCUUGCUUUCUCUAAUUGGAGCUGGAAUCUUCAGCAGUUUCUUGCCUUUUGUUGGGGCUGGGCACUCCAGAGAAUCAGAACUGGCCCAGGGUCCCUGCACAGAGGGCACUCCAUUCCCUCAGUCUCAGGGAUGUGUGGUGACAGGAGAGGCAACAGCCGGCUGCGUGCCAUGCCACUGCUUUGUGCCUCAGCCUCCUGUUGUUAAAAACAAGACAACAGGCCCCAAAUGGAGUCGCUUAUGCUAAAACCCACGUCUCCAAACCAAGACUCAACUUACAGUUUCAGCUCUCCCGGAAACAGAAUUUGGAGCCAGUCAGUCAGGAACUGCCUGACCAGCACUAGGGAGGUACGAGACCCAGGCCGUCACCUAAAGGAAAGCAACUGUGUAAUAACCAACCUGCUUUUUUGCUGGUUCUAACUUUUGUCCUUGCUCCCUUCUGCCUAUAAGCCUUUCGUUUUGUACCACUCCUUGGAACUCCUUUCUAGCUGCUAGAUGGGAUAUUGCCUGAUUCAAAUCAAUCUUUGCUCAAAGAAGCUUAAAAUUUGUAACCUGCAGAUGGGAUCCUGGGAAAACUGGCAGUUGCCAGCAAACCAUGAGAAUUCCUACCAGGGUCAGCUCUUCCAUAGCUCUACGGUGCCUGGUCUAGAGAAGAAGCCAAAAUGUGACCUUGUCCCUUCCUUUCCAUAUUCAGAUUGGCAGGCAAAAAGCAUUUAAGAAUUAGAUCUUUGAAUUAGAACUUGGAAUUUGUUUUUGGUUACCCGUUGGUUCUUCUCCACAAAUAUUAGUGAAAAGUUUAAGCCAUCUGAGCAGGCAACCUUAAUUUAUUCCAUUCUGCCUAAAACAAAAUUUGUAUCUGACUUUCUUUUGUAAACUAGUGAGUUCUGCACUAUUGUAACUGUCUCACAGCUGAAAUCUUACAAGCUACUAGACCUCUGUUUGCGUCUGUAGGUUUAGGUAUGGCGACGGAUAUCCCUCAUAAAUGUGUGAUUUCUUCUUUAGCUCCAGAUGAUUGCCAGAAUUAACUUGUAAGGAGCCCUAUUUGGCUUAAAGACAAGUCUUAUAUAAUCAAGUAUACGCCCAGAAACACAGAAACUAACCCAGUUGUUUUUCAAGUUCAUGUGAUCGAGGAUAAUCUUCAGUAAGUAAAAUCUAGUUUAAGUUUGUUGGUUUAAUUAAAACAGGCAUGUCUUUAGAGUUAACAUUAAAUACAAUGUGAACAUAGAACUUUUAUUCUGCCUUAGUUUACUAAAAACCAAGUAAGCUCAUGUUGUCUCUGUUACAGAAUUUGUCAGCAAGAAAGAUAACUUAAGAUGGUGGUUAGCAGUUGAAUAUCAUUAAAUUUUCAUGACCUGUCUAAAUUGUUAAGAACAAGUGAAUUAAAUAGAUGUAAAUAAGAUAAAACUUUAUAAACGAACUUUUCAACAAUAAUUAUCCUUUUUGGUAUGUCUACAUAAGAAGUUUUCAUGGAGUAUCUAGAUCAGUUUCCAAAUA